CCAGCCUCCUUCCGCUCUGCUUAUUUUGAGGGGCUGCUGCUGAAACGUUACUCAUUUGUUGCUCUUCGAAAUGCCAGACAGGAACAUGCCAGACAUGAACCGUAUGAACUCCUGUCAAGACACGCAUACACACAUACAUGGAUUAAAAAACAGUCCAGCGAUUCGGGACCUGGAAGAAAUCACUUCCUUCCUUGGCUCCUGGGGCCCGUUCCAGCGUUUAAUCUUCCUCUGCCUGGCAGUCAGUAUCCUGCCCAAUGGGUUCACAGGUGCCUAUAUCGUGUUUGUGGCGGACACGCCGCCCCACGAGUGUCUGGUACCCCCGGACAGUAACAUCAGCGAUGGCUGGAGGAACGUGAGCAUCCCCCUGGAAGAGGUGAAAGGAGUGCUGAGACGGAGCUCCUGCAGCAGGUACAAGCUGGACGCGCUCAGGAACUUCUCCUUGCUCGACCUAGACCCUCAUGUGGACGUGAACCUCAGUGAGGUCCCACAGGAGAGAUGCCUGGAUGGAUGGAAGUACAGCAAAGAGAUCUAUCAGUCCACCAUCGUCACCGAGUGGGAACUGGUGUGUGAAAAUGAGUACAAAGUCCCCCUGACCACUUCCCUCCAUUAUGCGGGAGCACUCGUUGGUACAUUUUUUUCAGGGCAAAUGUCAGACAGACUGGGCAGGAGGCCUACACUCUUUUUCAUGAUGGCCGUGCAGACACUGACCACGUUCGCUCAGAUCUUCUCGCCCAACUGGGAGGCCUUCACCAUCUGCUUCUUCUUUGUUGGUUUUGGCUCCAUCUCCAACUACUUGAUUGCCUAUGUGCUGGGCUGCGAGACGCUGGGGCCUAAGGAGCGUGUGGUCUUCACCUCCCUGGGGGUCUUCAUGAGCUCUGCAGUAGGCUACAUGGCCAUGCCUGCGGUGGCCUAUCUCCUACGCCACUGGAGGGGGCUGGUAGCCGCCAUGGCAGCAUCAGGACUGCUCUACAUUCCUCUGUGGUGGCUGGUCCCAGAGUCUCCGCGCUGGCUCCUGUCCCAGGGAAGGGUGGAGGAGGCCGAGGCCAUACUGAGGAAAGCAGCCAGGAUGAACAAGGUGGCCAUACCAGAUGUCAUCUUCACGCCCACUGAGAUUGAAAAUGCUCUUGCGAGGAGUGAGAAAAAACAUUCAGUUCUGGAUGUGCUUAGGAGCUGUAAUGUCUUUCUUAUGACAACAAUCUGUUCCCUUCUAUGGAUGGUCAUAACUCUGGGCUACUUCAGCCUGGUUCUGAACACGUCCAACUUGGCAGGAAGUCCCUACCUGAAUGCCUUCCUGGGUGCAGUGGUGGAGGUGCCCGCCUACAUCAUCGCCCUGCUGCUGCUGCGUUUCUGCCCUCGGAACAUCUGCCAGUCCUCCACCCUGCUGCUAGGGGGCACCGUCAUCCUUUUCAUACGAUUCAUCCCAUCAGACCUUUCAGGCUUGGCCAUCUUUCUGGAGAUGGUGGGCAAGUUUGGCAUCACGGCAGCCUUCUGUGUGGUGUACGCCGUGACCUCUGAACUCUUCCCCACCGUGGUACGCAACACUGUCAUGGGGAUCUGCUCAAUGGCCGCCCGCAUUGCCACCAUCUUGUCCCCCUUCAUUGUUUACUUAGGAAGAUUUUACCAGUUCCUGCCAUACAUCAUAAUGGGCACCCUGGCGGUGUGCGGGGGCUUGCUCGCCUUCCUGCUGCCUGAGACACACGGCAAAUCCUUACCUGAGAUCAUCACAGAAAUGCAGACCAUGAAAGGGUUAAAGAGAUGCAAGAAAAUGGAUCAAGGACUUAAACAUCACCCCCAAGUUCAAACUGAAUCAAAAUUUUAGUUGAUCUUAAAAUACUAAUUUUAUUCUAUUUUGCUUUGAAAGUGGUUGCAUUGUUUGUAUAGUUCAAGUGAUCAAAUGAUCAGAGAGUUAUUCUUGCGCUCGUAAGAUUUAGAGUUUGCAGCCAAUCUUAACUGGAGAGAAAACACCAGAGCAACACAGAAACCAUGCUUUUCUUAUUUUAAUUAAGUUUACUGCACAUGUUUUCUCUCCCGUUAAGAUAUCCUGCCUGUCUCCCAUCGAUGCACCUAUCGCUUGGAAUUUCUCCUUUGGGUUUGGAGGGAAUAUUGUACCAGUAGGAAGAAUGUAUAUAGGGGAGUAAAUCACUUUAAAUAAACUACAUUUCCAAAACAGAAAAGAUAGUGACAACGAAGUAUCACCAAAGUUAGUUGAGAUUUUGUUUCCUUGUUAGUUUGAACACAUUCAAAACCACCCCCCUCCUGUCCAUCCCUCCACCCAAACUGGGCCAUGGAUACAGCCACACUUGAGGUGUUGCGUUAUGUUCGUGAGGUGUUCGUGAGUAUCUACAGUACUAGACUAAUGCUUGAGCUGGACUAGCCCCAGGGCAGACUCUUGACAUCAUGUGUGUAUGUGUGUGUGCGUGUUGUGUAUGUACUCGUUUAACAACAACAAAAACCCGAACCCGAACCCCCGAACACUUGUUGUUCUGUAUAUUUCCUGUGAACUUUGUAUUUGCUAGUGAUGUUGACUAUGACAAUGUCCUCUUUUGAAAGUCGCUUUGGUUAUAAAGCGUCUGCCAAAUGCAAUGUAAAGUUCUGAAACGGCAUUGUAAAGAAUGCUCUGCUGUGUCUGGUGUAGGCAGUUCCAUUGAUUCUAGUGGAAGCGAAUUGUUACGUAUAUUCAUUAUGUCGGACAUCCAGGAGUUGGGGUUACAAGUCUCACGCCCUAACCGCUCAUGCAUGACUGCACAGCACAAGAGACCCCAGCAUGCCUCCAGGGCCAUAUUCCCUGGGUCUAAUACGUCGAAGUAUACUAACUAACUACUUACUAACUUCUAGAUGAGAAAGUCAUCCAAGGGUAUUUCACAUAGUCAUCUUAAAGUGAACCAAACAUAGCUUUCUUAAAACAAUAAAAGAAACUUUUUGGUAAAAGUACUAUAUACACGUAUGUGUAGGCUAAUUCAUGCUUGAGAAAUUAACCUAGGAAUGUUGUCCAUAGAAUGAAUCUAUACUGUACUGCAUGCCAGACAUGUGUCCAAAUGAUCACAAAGAUUUUAUCUUUGAUGUCUGUCUAUUCACUUUAAUUAAUGUAAUAAA